CUGAUAAAACAACGUGGUAAAGAAAAUUCCAAUUACUUCACAUUCACAUCAAAAUCAGCUGUGAACAUCAGUAUGGCCGCACCAUCACCUACAAAAUAAUUUUUUUAUAAUUCAGAUAAAUAAAUAGAAAAGUGCAAUUUUUGUGUUAGUAUCGCGUUAGAUUGUGUUAGAAUUUAGAACACUGUCGGUGUUGAUGUUGACUAAAAGUGUUGCGUCAUGAUAGGACACCUCUCACUGACAAACAAAUACAACAAAAAUUGCUAACUACGAACAAGAGGCGGCUGUUUGUUACAUUAGAGUUAUAUUUUUAUUUGUGGCGUCGGUUGUGAUUGCGGGCUGAUGUGUUUCGUGCAUCAUUUGAACAUAAAUAAGUAACAAUGAGCAGCAUAAGACUUAGCUUCGUGUCGGUGGGAAGGAUAGCGGUUCGGAGAAAUUCGCAUCUGACAUCGGGUGGUGUGCAGACAUGCCGCGCGGUGCGGCGCGCUUGCUUACGGCCGCUGACGACGUGCUCCGUACUGUGCAAGAAUCCUAGCGAGCAGCCGCCCGGCGCCGCGGGCACGCCGCACGGACCACCAAAAGACACAGCCGCAGGUCAGAGUUCCGGUGGUAAGAAGUCCGGGUCUGGCACUGGCGGCGUACUGACGUGCCCCAAAUGCGGCGACCCGUGUACCCACGUCGAGACCUUUGUCAGCUCCACGCGCUUCGUCAAAUGUGACAAGUGUCACCACUUCUUCGUAGUACUCAGCGAGGUCGACACCAAGAAGAGUAUUAAAGACAACGCAGAGAACAAAUCAGGUUUCUAUAGAAAGCCACCACCACCUCCUAAGAAGAUCUUUGAAUACUUGAACAAGCACGUGGUGGGUCAGGAGUACGCGAAGAAAGUGUUGUCUGUGGCCGUCUACAAUCACUACAAGCGUAUCUACAACAACGUCUCCAGCGGCGCGCACGCUGACGCCCACCAUCCUCUGCAUCACACGCAUAGAGAGUUAUUGCACGUGAGUCACGGUGGUGGUGGGAGCGGGGGCGGGGGCGGAGGUGCAGGUGGUGGGGGCGGAGCGGAGGUGCUGGACCGGCAGCAGCACGAGCUGCGUCUAGACAAGAGCAAUGUACUAUUGCUAGGACCCACUGGCUCCGGCAAGACGUUGCUGGCGCAGACGAUAGCGCAGUGCCUGGACGUGCCGUUCGCGAUCUGCGACUGCACCACGCUCACGCAGGCAGGGUACGUCGGCGAGGACAUCGAGAGCGUCAUCGCCAAGCUGCUGCAGGACGCCAACUUCAAUGUGGAGCGCGCGCAGACCGGCAUCGUGUUCCUGGACGAGGUGGACAAGAUCGGCGCAGUGCCCGGCAUACACCAGCUCAGGGACGUCGGAGGCGAGGGUGUGCAGCAGGGCAUGCUGAAGAUGCUGGAGGGCGCGGUGGUGUCGGUGCCGGAGCGCAACUCGCGCAAGCUGCGCGGGGACGCCGUGCACGUCGACACCACCAACAUCCUGUUCGUCGCCAGCGGCGCGUACAACGGCCUCGACAGGCUGGUGCAGCGACGCAGCAACGAGAAGUACCUGGGUUUCGGUGCGUGGGACCGGUCGGGCGGGAGGCGCGCGGCGCUGGCGGCGGCCGCGGCGGACGCCUCCCCGCUCCAGUCCGCCGCAGCAGAGGGCGACGAGCGCGACGCCUGGCUGCGCAAGGUGCAGGCGCGCGACCUCAUCGACUUCGGCAUGAUUCCGGAGUUCGUGGGACGGUUCCCGGUCCUCGUGCCCUUCCACAGCCUGAACCAGGACCUGCUGGUGCGGAUACUGACGGAGCCGAAGAACGCGAUGGUGGCGCAGUACAAGCUGCUGUUCGCGAUGGACAAGUGCGAGCUGACGUUCAGCGAGGAGGCGCUGCGGGCGGUGGCGGCGCAGGCGAUGGAGCGCAAGACGGGCGCCCGCGGGCUGCGCGCCAUCAUGGAGAACCUGCUGCUGGAGGUGAUGUUCGAGAUCCCCGGCUCCGACAUCGUCUCCGUGCACAUCCACGAGGGCUGCGUGCGUCGCAGCGAGCCGCCCUCCCUCACGCGCCGCCAGCCGCCGCAGGAGCGCGACCUGCACGACUGGCCCUCCGUGCGUCUGCACAACUGAGAUGAAACAAGCGAGCUAGCCGAACCAUCAGUCAGUGAGCGGUGCGGUGCUGCAGUACCGGUAUGGUGCUUGCUGACCUCAGCGAGAACUACAACACCGAGCUCGGAGUGCGCCUCCCCCCUCUCCACGCCACACUGAUACAACUCUUUUACGAUUUGAUUUAUUAUCAGCCGAUUUGGAAUCUAUUAUUAUGGUUAUUUUCUAUCAAUAUAAAAUAUUAAAAUACACCGAAUUGGAUUUUAAACAUAAACGUCUGAUAUAGAAAUGAAUGUUGCCAGUUUUAGAUUCCAUGCGCGCAAUUGGGUAAAUUAAAAAUGGAUAAAAUAAAACGGGAAGUUAUCUAUCUGUUUCUGCGUAUAGAAUCCAGACAGCAUUUCUUGUAGAUGUGCCAAUCGUAGCAAUUAACUGAAAAGAUACAUUUUUAACAAAGUGUAAUAAAUUAAAAUUAAAUAUUUGAAAGCAAUCUAGUGACAUUAUGAUCUUUAUGUAAGUUCCUCGAGUUAAAUUUAUAUAUUCUCAUUGUAAAGGAAAUCAUACAAAUUUGCGCUUGUGAUGUAAAUUACUGUAAAUAAAUAGUAAUGUUAACGUUUAAGAUUUUGAAUAAGCUUUUUUUUCUAUUUUUCUCUAAUUUAAGCUCCCUACGUGUAGGCAAAAUUAGUUUCGGUUGGCAACCCUGUGAGAAAUGACGAUUUGACGUUUGUUGAUGACGUCACACAUUUAUUGUUUUCUUUUUAUAAUAUAAAUAGUUGAAUAGUUGAGAUGUUCACUUGAAAUGCGGACAAUGUGAUUGUAUGAAUUAUUUUAGGUCUAAAAUAUAGAUUAAUAUAAGUCCGGUUAGACGAAAUUAAAUCUAGAGUUUAACAUUACAGCUAGAGGUGAAUAGUAUAAAGUCUAUUUUCAUUUAAGAUAAAAAAAAAUCAAAAAAAGAAGUUGGACGAUUUUAUUUUUUAUUUUUCUUUUUUUUUACAUACUGAUGUUCACAUUUGUAGUUGAAUUGAAUGUUUUUAAAUGUCAUAGUUUAAUUCUCAGUUGUUAUUUGAUCAGGUUACGAUUUAGAUAUUUGGGUGCUGAAGAUAGUCGAGAAAUUAAUUAUAAAAAAUUAAAUUGUGUUCAUCGAUGACGAUAACAAAAAUAAAUAUAUGAAAAAUG